AUGUAUGUAUAUAAAAAUUUUGUAAACACAUCCCGAGAGUAUUUAUUUAUUUAUUUUCCUAAAGUGUAAUACUGAAAAGGACAAAUUUUGCCCCCUCGAAAAUAAAAAUGAAUUCAUCCGGACAAUUAAUUUUUUUAUCGAGUUUAUCGUGUAUUAUAUUGUGUCUAAUAACACAACAUUGGAUUUAUUCAUCUUCACUGCCAAUUUAUUUUCCAAUAUUGUGGGCAUUUGUUGUUACAAUAUUAUCAACGUGGAUAAGUUGUAUUAUUUUUAAACAUAUAAUAAAGGCUGAUUCAUCAAUAACAUUACAUCCAAUUUCAAUUUAUUUGCGUAAAAAAUUUGAUUUUUACAUUCAAUCGCGUUUUUUGUUGAAUAGAAAAAAAUUGAUGAAAAAUAAUAAUAAUGAUAAUAAUGAUGAUAAAAAUAAAGGGGAAAUUAAUUUUUCGAUUAAUAUUAACAAUAAAAAAGAAGAUGAAUUGUCAUCGGAAAAUUUAAGUGGAAAAAUAGUGAAUGAAAUUGAUAAUAAAUUCAUUCAAAUAUGGUAUGAAAAUAUAAGUGAUGAUAAACAAUUUUCUCAGGAGGCGAAAAAUUUAAUUUUAAAAUUAUCAUUGGGAUUGAAUGAGCGUAUUAAAAAUGUGGAGAAAAUUCAAAUUGUUGAUAAAUUGGCUGGUGUUUUAAUUGUUCAUCUUAAGGAAUAUCGAAGGGCAGUUCGACGUGUCGAAAAAGGAAAUGCCGGAACAAUUGAAGAGGCCUACAAUUAUUCACAUCCUGGUUCAAGAAGUUCAGCAGCUCUUGAACAUACUUUAGGUCGUCUAGUGACAGUUAUAGCACGUGAAUUUUUACAAUGGGAACUUGGCAGUUCAUUGCCAUGUAAAUUAUUACUUUCAAUAUUGGCGAGACGAUUGAUGUCAGUUUUGGAAACAAUAUCAUCGCCAAAAUGGAUUUUACAGCAUCUUGUCCAUCAAUUGAAUACAAAAACGGAAGUUGAUGGAAAAAUUGAAAAUUCAACUGUGAAUAAUGCCAAAGAGGUAGGAAUUAUUCCAACAGCAUUGAGUGAUGGUAUAGCUUCAGCGACAGCAGCAGCAAUAGCGCGACCAUUAACGAAACCAAAUUUUAUAAAAUUACCUGAAGUUAGAAUUGAGGAGAGUAAUAAUUUUCAUGAAUCUCAAAAAAAUUCUCCGCAACAUUUUCAUGAGCCAAUUGAACAUACAGCGCAACAUCGUCGUGGACUUUGGGGCGAUGGUGUUGGUGUUAAUUCAGAAAUUGAAAUUGAACUCGAUGAAGAUCGAAUAUCGCCAAUCUAUGAAGAACCCACUGAUUUUGCAUCAACAAUUGCAAGACUCAGAAAUCUUUUACAACAAAAAUCAACAGCAACAACUCCACUACAAGUGGAGGAGAAAUUUGGAUUUUGUGAUUUAGAGAGUCCAUUUACGAAUAUAUCGAUUCCACGUAUUGAAUCAUAUUUUUCAGCUGAGGGCUCACAACAAAUUCUUUAUUGUAUUCAAUUCGAUGAUGUUGAACAACGUGGUGUCUAUACAUUUGAAACAACUUGUACAACAACAAGACGAAGAUAUUCUGAUUUUGUACAACUUCAUGCAUCACUCGAGGAGUUUCCAGGACUCAGAGAAUUAAUGUCGGAUAUUGUGCUUCCUGAGGGUGGAAGGUCUGAAAUGGAGAAUUAUUUAAAGACAAUAUGUUCACGUCUGGGUAAUGAGGCGCCAAAUAUUUUACGUCGUUUCUUACGACCCGACAGUGGAAUUGGAAAGAAAGCUGAUAUUGUGACUCCUCGUUUUGAUAGAUUUCUCGCAAAAACUGUCAGCGGGGUUUUUAAUACACUUAAAACAGUAGUCCCUGGUUUUGAAAUGGAACAACAGGAAGAGGAAAAUCCAUUUUUUCAACCCAUGCUAAUGUCACUUGCCGACGUGCCAUGGAGAUUUGUUCAAGACGUCAGUUUAAAUAAAAAUUUUGCACAAGACUUGCGUCAACUGGUUGCUGAUAGAACGGAUUAUUGUUCCGUUGAUACGGCAUACGAAGCAGUUGAUUCCGUUGAAGGAAGUGGAGAUUCCGAAUUAUUGGCACAUUGGUUGGAAAUAAUGAAUAGAUCUUGUGACGAAGUAGACGAACUUGACACUAACUUAUCAUUAACAUGCGCUGGAAUUGAUUUGGCCUGUGAAAUUCUCUCUGGUGUCAAUAAAAGUAGAUCCUUUCAACAUGAGGGUUUCAUUAAGUGCUUCAAACUUAUUUUUGGUAACAUUACUGAACCAAUAAUACAGGAUAUCGUAUGUUUGGCUUACGAUUGCUGUGAAGCAUUACCAGUGAGUUCAAGUCUAGCUGAUAAAGAAUGUGACGAGACACUUUUGGAUUUACAAUUAAAAAUUCAAUCAUGCCUGGAAAAAUCAAUUCCAACUGUUGUUAAAUUAUUUUUCAGUGAGAACGAUAUAAAAGAUAUGAUUAAAUUUACAAUUGGUUCAUUGGAGGUGAAAAAAAUAAAUAGAGAUUUAAAUUUACAAAUAUUGGACGUCAUUGCAUCACAAAUAUUGGCAUCGUGUCGAUCGACUCAUCUUAAAAUUUAAUUUUUCAGUUUUCUAUUCAUUGA